CUGUAUUUCCCCGGUGACACAUCUCCUCCUCUCCUCCUCCUCCUCCACCACCUCCACUUCGCCAUUGUGUGCGGAGCUCGGUGAGUGUUGAGGUCGAGGCAGCCGCCGCCGGAGAAGGAGAACCGAUGGCGGAGUAGAAACUGACAAUUUAAACGGACUAACUGCUGGUUUCUCCUCCAUCUUCUUCCCUUUCUUCGUCUUCCUCCUGACCGUAAAACAGCUCCUGUUCCCGGCCUCACCGACGACACCCAUGCAGCAGAGGAGACCCUGGAUGGGACUAGCUACAUGUGUACGGAAGUGGCCUGUUUCCUGUGUUUUGUUGUUCAGGGAGUCCGAAGGUGUCAGACUGACUCCCACCCAAUCAGCUGAGGGUCACAUGGGAGCAGAUCCAUGUUGGGUAACGGGGUGAAGCGUAAACUUGACGAUGAUGAGGACGUCCUGGAGGAAGAGCGGCGCCCCCCCUCCGGAGGCGUUGUGUUUCAGACCUCCUCCACCCGGCAGACUCUCCUCAACAUGUCUCUGAUGAAGCUGUACGGCCCGCGGCCCGCCGACCUCCGCCUGCAGCGCCGCGUGCUCAUCAACAACGUCAUCCAGCGCAUCCACAGAGACUUCAGGCAGGAGGGGGGGGGCGUCGGGGCGCUCUUCUUCUCCUCUUCAUCGACCGUGAGCGAGGACGAGAGCUUCCAUCAGCCUCCAUCUUCCUCCUCCUCCUCUUCCUCCUUCAGCAUCCUCUCCUCCUCGAUGUCCGGACUGCUGACGGACUCCUGCCUCACCCCCGCCUCGCUGCUGGAGGAGGAUCUUCCCAUGUUCUUCACUCUUCCUCCCUCCUCUUCCUCCUCCUCCUCUUCCUCCUCCCAGCACCUGCUCCUCUCCCCCAGGAUGCCACCAUCGCCCUCUCCGUCCCCCAAAGACAGCUUCUCCUCGGCCCUAGAGGAAAUCGAGGAACUCUGUCCUUCCUCUUCCUCCUCCUCCUCCUCCUCCUCCUCAGAGUCGCCAUCACCGCCUCCUGCUCAGGUUUUAUUUGAUGUUAUCAUGAAGGAGGAAGAGGCGGAGAGUAAACCUCCUCCUCUUCCUCCUUCUCUUCCUCCUCUUCCUCCCCUUCUUCCUCCUCCUCAUCCUCCCUCCCAGUCCCACUCCUUCCUCACUGACUUCACCCUGGACGACGUCCUCUUCACAGACAUUGACACGUCGAUGUACGACCUCGGCCCCUCAGGAGCCCCUCCGUCCAAGAUGGCCCCCAUGGUGACGGCGGACGAUCUGGUGCGUUCGAUGUCGGGUUUCGGAGCGACGGGCGGUCAGAACCAGCCGUUCAAAAUGGACCUGGCCGAGCUGGACCACAUCAUGGAGGUGCUGGUGGGCAGCUGAGCAGAACUUAGUGACGCUUUGUUCAUUUUGUACAGUUUUCAAAGUAACAACGGGCUUCACUCUGGGUCGUCUGGAGGAUCACAGCUGCUGCGGGAAUUCACUGAUGAAUCACUCGAGCUGGAUUUCACACGGAGAGAAAUCCACUGGAGGUUUCAGGCAGGUGGUUGUAUUAAUGAAACUUAAACACAAGUUCAAAAGUAGUAACACACGGUAUAAAGGCCUGGUCAAUAUUUGGUUUUAAAGCUCAGUGAA